AAUAGAAAAGUGAAAAAACGACGACAGUGAUGGACUCGAGCCCCUUUCAAAACGGAAGAGGAAAAUCUCUGUGUACAGCGGAUUYGCCAAACCAUGUUGUUAUGGCAACAGAUCAAACUACAGAAACCAAGAUGGCGACGAUAAACUGAGCAAAAUACUCGAAGAAAGAAAUGUGAAAUCCUUUGAUUUCCAGGCGUUUUGUCCGAUARAAAUUACAUCAAACUACACAUAUAAUCAUGUCACACGGCUUUUACAACAAGCAAUGGGGCGAAACACAGGGAGGAAUACUAGACUUGCUGGAAAUAGAACUUCCAGCAGAGCCUGUCAAGCCAGAAAAGGACCGUAUAGCUGCUUUUCAGAUGUUUGCUGUUAUGUACAUAAAGUAUAUUCAGAUUUUUAGAAAGAUUGAAGAAUGUUAUGAUCAGGUUGUACAUCCACAGAAAAGACGAGUACUUAGGCACUUGUUGGAUGGAAUUAUGGGAAGAAUUCUUGAGAUGAAGAAUGAAAUGGUCCAGUUGGAGUUUUCAGAGUUYCACUAUUUUGAUGAUGUGUUAUCUGAUCUCAAGCUUACUCCAGAUGACAUUGAAAUCCCAAUUCCUAAGUACUUUCUUUAUGAGAACUCAAAAGAACUUCAGGAGAGAGAGAAAUUACUUGGUGGUAUCCUUGCAAAGAUGGGACCACAGGAAGCCCAAACUGUAAAAGAAGAAGUACAGAUGACUUUAGAUGAUGCAAUUAGGCUUAUACAGGUUCAUGAAAGAGCAAGACAGGGGAGACUAAGGGCAAAGUUUAUGAGAGAAAUUAGGCAACAGGAAGAGAGAGAGCGACUAGCACAGCUGCGCGGAGCACCAACGAUGGAUCCUGAUAUUGCAGCUACUAAGAUUCAAAAAAUUUGGAAAGGUUUUUCACAAAGAAAGAAGACAAAGCAGAUGAGAGAUGAAGAACUAAUCUUUGUUGGAAUGGCUCCAACUCCAGAAAAAGARUGGAAGGACACAAUGAUGUAUAAAGCUAAUAAGACUGAGGAUCAUAGAAGAGUUGUCCAAGAAGAACACGAACGAGAAUACCAGGGUGCACUAGUGUCAAUCAAAGAGAAGAUACGUGAGAUAGAAGGACCAGACAUGAAGGAAAAUAUGCAGGAUCAAAUWAGACAAUGGUUUAUAGAAUGCAGGGACAAAAGUGGAAAGUUUCCUGACUACCCUGAUGAAGAUGAAGGAGGCUCUUCAGCAAUAUUCAAAGAGAAAGAUCCUGCUGAACUGGAAAAGGAAGAAGCAGAAAAGGAUGAGGAUGGCGGAAAGAAGAAAAAAGGAAAGAAAGGCAAAAAGGACAAAAAAGAAAAGAAGGGAAAAGACAAAAAGGGAAAGGGAAAAGGGAAGAAAGGGAAAGGAGGAGGAGAUGAGGAAGAGGAAGAAGGCAUUAAGAUGGCUGAAUCKAACUUUAUUCCAACAGUAAACGAAGCAGCAACAACAUAUAAAGAUGUUUGGCAGUUCCGUGAUGAAAGUGGGAAUUUUGAACAAAAGUAUGAUGCAGAACUUAUCAAAGAAGCCAAGAGAAUUGAAGUUGAAGAUGAGAUUCGKAAACAAGUGGAUGAAUUGAUGAGACAAGAACUGAAAAAUCUCAAAAUGGCUGUCGACAGAGACAAAGGAGGCAAAAAGGGAAAGAAAGGAAAGAAAAGUGGGAAGAAAAGUGGGAAAAAGAAAAAGAAGAAGAGUGGGAAGAAAAGUGGAAAGAAGGGAAAGAAAAAGAAGAAGGAAAAGGAUCUCACUGCAGAUAGGACAAUGGAAUCGCUUUAUGAAGAACUUACCCAAGAAGGCAUAUUGGUACGUGUCCCAAAGGUUCGUUUACGGGACUUUACUGGAGAAUACAGCUACCUGGGAACAACGCUACGUCAGGCUAACAUAGAACCCAUGCCSUCAYUGUCAGAUGUGCGUCGGGUCGUCACUGAGUUUGCAAUCCUUCCUUUAGGUUCCCAGGCUGUCCAUGAGAAAUCUCCCCACGUCAAGUCCUUACUUAUCGCUGGUCCACGUGGUGUCGGCAAAAAGAUGCUKGUCCAUUCCAUCUGUUCRGAGACUGGUGCUAACCUGUUUGAUCUCACCGCGGCAAACAUAGCUGGAAAGUAYCCUGGGAAGGCAGGYCUWAAUAUGAUGAUGCAUAUGGUUUUYAAGGUUGCUCGUCAGCUUCAACCCUCGGUGGUCUUCAUUGGUGACGCUGAGAAGACAUUUGUGAAGAAAGUUCCUAAAACAGAUAAGWCUGAUCCAAAGAGACUGAAGAAAGACCUMCCCAAAGUSCUCAAGACACUYAAACCUGAAGAUCGYGUCUUGAUUGUUGGAACUUCACGACAGCCUUUCGAUGCCGAAGUCAAACCUUUUUGCAGUGCCUACCAAAAGAUCAUUCUUAUACCAAGACCAGACUACGCUUCGCGAUACCUGUUGUGGAGGGCUCUGACGUUCAARUUUGGUGGUCGGAUAACGGAUUCAUUAGACUUGAGCUCGUUGGCUAAGAUUACAGAUGGUUAUACACCUGGUCACAUGGUYCAAGUGUUGCAGCAAGUACUGACGGAACGACGAAUACAGCAGCUGUCCAAACGACCACUUUUAGCAGCAGAGUUUGUGUCUCCUUUAGCAAGAAUUGAUCCAAUUUACAAAGAAGAGGAAGAAGCCUUCAAGACUUGGUACACAAAGACUCCUUUAGGCAAAAAGAGGGCAAAGGCUGCGGCAGGAGACGAUGAUGGAGGUGAUAAGAAGGGGAAGAAAGGAAAAAAGGGAAAGAAAAGUGGAAAGAAAAAGAAAUAGAUAAUAAUCGAACUGUAAAUUUUGCGUUUUUUAGUUUGUAUAUAUCAAUGUCUGUGCCUUKGCAUGUGAAACUAUUUGAAAUAAAAUUUGUACCAAAGUUAA